GACGCCAUAUUGCCCUCAGCUGGAAGAACGCGGGAGGGUCUUGAGAGAAAUUUAAAAACACACGACCUGCGUUUCCCUCUCCGAACCACGACUAAUGGACGCAAUGGCAAGCCCGGGCAAAGAAAACUAUCGAAUGAAGAGCUACAAGAAUAAAGCCCUGAACACCCAGGAAAUGCGAAGACGGAGAGAGGAGGAGGGAAUACAGCUCCGUAAACAGAAGAGGGAGGAGCAGCUGUUCAAAAGGAGGAAUGUGUGUAUACCACCUGGUGAUGAGUCCAUGCUUGAAUGCCCCAUUCAAGACCCUGAUAUCAGCUCCACUGUACCUGUAUCAGGUGAAGGAGUUAUAACCCAAGACAUGAUUCAAAUGAUGUUCUCUGAGGAUCCAGACCAGCAGCUCAUAGCCACUCAGAAGUUCAGAAAGUUACUUUCUAAAGAGCCCAAUCCUCCCAUUGAUGAGGUCAUCCUCACACCCGGUGUAGUCAACCGAUUUGUUGAAUUCCUAAAAAGGAGUGAUAACUGCACUCUGCAGUUUGAAGCAGCUUGGGCCCUGACCAACAUUGCAUCUGGGACCUUCCAACACACCAAGGUGGUCAUUGAGACUGGGGCCGUGCCUAUCUUCAUAGAGCUGCUAAAUUCUGAGUAUGAGGAUGUACAAGAGCAGGCUGUGUGGGCAUUGGGAAAUAUUGCCGGAGAUAAUGCAGAGUGCAGAGACUAUGUCCUUAACUGUGGCAUCUUGCCCUCUCUUCAGCAGUUGCUUGCCAAAUCAAAUCGGCUCACUACCACCCGGAACGCCGUGUGGGCUCUGUCCAACCUGUGCAGAGGGAAAAAUCCACCUCCGGACUUUGCAAAGGUGUCGCCCUGUCUGAGUGUGCUCUCCAGAUUGCUCUUCAGCAGUGAUCCUGAUGUUCUUGCAGAUGCCUGUUGGGCACUUUCAUAUCUGUCAGAUGGACCCAACGACAAAAUCCAGACAGUUAUUGACUCGGGCGUGUGCCGCAGGCUGGUUGAGUUGCUCAUGCACAGUGAUUACAAAGUGGUGUCUCCUGCACUGAGAGCGGUGGGGAACAUUGUAACAGGAGAUGAUAUUCAGACCCAGGUGAUUCUGAACUGCUCCGCUCUGCCCUGCCUGCUCCAUCUACUCAGCAGUCCGAAGGAAUCCAUCAAAAAAGAGGCCUGCUGGACAGUCUCCAAUAUCACUGCUGGGAACAGAUUGCAAAUCCAGGCAGUGAUCGAUGCCAACAUAUUCCCAGUGCUAAUCGAAAUUCUGCAAAAAGCCGAGUUCCGCACCAGGAAGGAGGCCGCGUGGGCAAUAACCAACGCCACCUCGGGAGGCACCCCAGAGCAGAUGAGGUACUUGGUUUCUCUCAACACCAUAAAGCCCAUGUGUGACCUGCUCACGGUGAUGGACUCCAAGAUUGUGCAGGUGGCUCUGAACGGCCUAGAGAACAUUCUUAGACUGGGAGAACAAGAGUCCAAACAGAACGGAUCGGGCCUCAACCCUUAUUGUGCCCUCAUUGAAGAGGCUUACGGCUUAGACAAGAUUGAGUUCCUGCAGAGCCACGAGAACCAGGAGAUUUACCAGAAGGCCUUUGACCUGAUCGAGCACUACUUUGGGGUGGAGGAGGAAGACGCUAGCAUCGUUCCCCAGGUGGAUCAGAAUCAGGGCCAGUACAUUUUCCAGCAGCCUGAGGGACCGAUGGAGGGCUUCCAGCUCUAACCCUUACACCUAUUCUACUGGCCAAUCUUCAGGCCUUGCUUCAUCCAUCCUGCUUGGAGUCUCCUCUCCCUCCCUCUCUGUAGCGCAGGACCUCCGCUCCAGCCUCUCUCAAAGACACGGAGGCCUGGAGCCGCUACUCACAGCAGAGAUGACACUUGCGCCCCACCAAACCCAACCCAACCCACUAAAUCUUCUAUUUCCAUGCUGCCCAUCUUCCAAGCUCUUUUAUAGAGAGAGAAGAUCUGUGAGGUGAACCAAGGAGGGCAAAGCUCAGAGUGUGUAGUUUAAGUCCAGUUGAGACUUACAGAAAGCAUCUUGCUUUUAUUAUUAUUGUUGUUGUUAUUAUUAGACAUUUGGCACUGGUGUCCUGUAAAGUAAACUUUACUCCAUGUCCCUUGAGAAAUGUGAAACUACCUCUUCAAUCAGAAAACAAAAUGUUUGACACACACCCAGCCUUUAGUUCUGACAGUUCUCUUCUCUUGCUAAGCAAAUGCGUCUAUGCAAACAAAUAUUUAAUUUUGAGGUGGUAGAAACCAUAAGGUCUAUUGUACUGUUUGGGCAGACAGAGCAACUAAUGUAUUUGCGUUGAUACAUUUGCAUUGGAUGUAUUAGUUAACUUUGUGUUCCAUCACACCCAUCCAUCCUGAGGGCAUGUCAAGCCUAGUUACACUAUUUAUUUUGGCGUUUUGUUAACUAGCAGCAAACUGCGGACCUUGGAGAUUCAUAGCCGUAUUUAUUGUGCUAUUUGGAAGGAACCGGUCUGUGGGCUCCGGCUGUUGGGAGACCAGCACAUAGCCCACUUCCUCUCAGCACCCACUUUGCUAAUGCUGUUAAAGCAUUUUAGUUGCAUUAGCAGCUUUUAAUGCAUUAAAAGCGUCGCAUGAAAUUAUUUAUGUGUGGUCACAUGAUCACUAAGAUGCAGUUCUUUGUAUGUAUGCAUAUCAUUGGGUUUCUCAUCUCACCUGAAGGUGUUUCUUUUUGUGCUGACUGGCUUUAAUUUGAUUUAUUUAAUGUCACAUGUUAGAAAGUGUUUGAGAUGUAGUGAAAUGUGUAUAUUAUAUAUACAUUGAGGAUAGGAGGAGGAAGUUUUUCAGUGAAAUUGUCUUGGUGUGCGGUGAAAUACUAAUAUAAGGAAAGCGUCUUUUAUAGCAUUCUUCAUUCGAAGAACUUUCUCAUGUCCCCCACUAGUGCUCAAAAAUGACUAAAUAUUCUUUAAUAUUUCUUUUAUGAAUAAAUUCUUUUAUUUUUUUAGUCGCUUCAACUGAAUUUUACAUACAGAAGAUUGCCUUUGUCAUGAAACCUGUCUGGCACAAAGUUCCUCUGUUCUUUGUUUUUGGCGUGAUUAUUUACUUCCUCCUCAUAUUCUGCCUGUGAAUCACUUGCACCCAUUUUCCUUUGAAACAAGUUUGAUCCAAAUAAGAGUUAUAAUAAUGGAAAGUCAGUAUAUUUACAAAAACAUAAUUGAGAUUGUAAAAUGAAACUUUAUCAAGCACAUUCAAUUGUGUAUAGUUUUGUAAAAUUUCUCAUGUUUGUACAAUGUUUUCUAAGUUUGGGUUUGUUUGUUUUUUUGUUUUUUGCAUACGAUAAAAACCCCAUCUGUGUUUUAAGUUAUCAUUGGUACAACCCUUCAGUAUAGAGGAGAGGAGAUCAUUGCUUUCCUCGAGGACAAAUGUUGGUAUUGUGUGAAAUAAUGUAAACAAAUAAAAUGUUCUGUUACACAUUUAAA